AUGGCGGCCUGCAUGUUCUACGGCCGGCAGUUUGCUGCCGCCGCCCUUAGGAGCCAUGGGUCCCGGACGGCGCUGCAGGCAGCCGCCCAGGGUCUGGGAAGUUCUGGAUUGUUUAACAACGUUGGGCUCCAAGUACAGCAGCAGCAGCAAAGGAAUCUCGCACUACAUGAAUACCUGAGCAUGGAAUUGUUGCAGGAAGCUGGUGUCUCCAUUCCCAAAGGACACGUGGCAAAGUCACCAGACGAAGCUUUUGCAAUUGCCAAAAAAUUAGGUUCAAAAGAUGUCGUGAUAAAGGCACAGGUUUUAGCUGGUGGUAGAGGAAAAGGAACGUUUGAAAGUGGCCUCAAAGGAGGAGUGAAGAUAGUUUUCUCUCCAGAAGAAGCAAAAGCUGUUUCUUCACAAAUGAUUGGGAAAAAGUUGUUUACCAAGCAAACUGGAAAAAAGGGCAGAAUAUGCAAUCAAGUAUUGGUCUGUGAGCGAAGAUAUCCCAGGAGAGAAUACUACUUUGCAAUAACAAUGGAAAGGUCAUUUCAAGGUCCUGUAUUAAUAGGAAGUUCUCAAGGUGGUGUCAACAUAGAAGAUGUUGCUGCUGAGACUCCUGACGCCAUAGUUAAAGAACCUAUAGAUAUUGUGGAAGGUAUCAAAAAGGAACAAGCUGUCAGGCUUGCACAGAAGAUGGGAUUUCCACAUAACAUUGUGGAUUCUGCAGCAGAGAACAUGGUCAAGCUUUACAGACUUUUUCUGAAAUAUGAUGCCACCAUGGUAGAAAUAAAUCCAAUGGUAGAAGAUUCAGAUGGAGCUGUGCUAUGUAUGGAUGCUAAAAUCAAUUUUGAUAGUAAUUCAGCCUAUCGCCAGAAGAAGAUCUUUGACCUACAGGACUGGACCCAGGAAGAUGAAAGGGACAAAGCUGCAACUGAAGCAAAUCUCAACUACAUUGGCCUAGAUGGAAAUAUAGGCUGCCUGGUAAAUGGUGCUGGUUUGGCUAUGGCCACGAUGGAUAUAAUAAAACUUCAUGGAGGGACGCCAGCCAAUUUUCUUGAUGUUGGUGGUGGUGCCACAGUCCUUCAAGUAACAGAAGCAUUUAAGCUUAUCACUUCAGAUAAAAAGGUACAGGCUAUUCUGGUCAACAUUUUUGGAGGAAUCAUGCGGUGUGAUGUUAUUGCACAGGGUAUAGUCAUGGCAGUCAAGGAUUUGGAAAUUAAAAUACCUAUUGUGGUACGGUUACAAGGUACACGAGUUGAUGAUGCUAAGGCACUAAUAACAGACAGUGGACUGAAAAUUCUUGCUUGUGAUGAUUUGGAUGAAGCUGCUAAAAUGGUUGUGAAGCUCUCUGAAAUAGUGACCUUAGCCAAGCAAGCUCAGGUGGAUGUGAAAUUUCAGCUGCCCCUCUGAUCUGACAGCCCAGUGGAUGGCUGCAGGUGUUAAAUGUGCCAUACGCAUUGAAAAUACUGUGUUCUGUAUUAUUGUUCCUUUUCUUUUUAGUGUGUGGAGGUUGUAAUUGCCAUCCAGGCAUACAGACUUUUAAAAGCAUUUUGUCUGCAUUUAAUUCCACUGUUCAGAAUGAGCUGUUUGUAUAAAGAAUGUACGAUGCAGUUAUAUAGUUUCUUUUGUUGCAACCUUCUUUUCUGCUUCUCCUACAGAAUGUUGCUUGAGAUAUGCCUGUGUAUUAAUAUUGGAUGCAAAGUUCUUCAUUGAUAAGAGUCCUAUGAAUAAAAUAAGAUAUGAAGAUAAAGCUUUAUUCUUUAGUCUUAGAAACAUAUCUAAUAACUAGCCUCUUUAGUAGAGUACUGUAUUAAAAGUGUUUUAUAUACAGAGUUGUUAUCUUCAUCACCAAAUACAACAAGCUAAUUAUAUCAGUCACUAUUUAUAAAGUUUUCAAACACUCCCCAGAAUAUUCUUUUAUGUAUUUCAGUGAAGUAACUUGUUAAUUAUUUGAACAUUGUUUUAAUCACUACAAAACAUUGAUAACUGCAAGUCUUCAUGAUUCUGUGGUAUUAUUAAGAAGCACCUGUAGGUUUGUAUCAAAUAAAGGCAUAUUUACUAAGGACUUGGCAGACAAAAUUAAGAAUGUCAAUUUAUGUUAAUAAAAAUCUCCCAAAUGUGA